AUGAUCGAGCAUGGACAGGUGAGAACGAGCUUGGCUCUUGGACUGCUCCUGCUGGCUCUCUUGGUAACCCCCUCUGAAUCGAGUGAAGACUACACGACAUUGAAGUCAGUAGAAGAUUUCGAAGACAACGUGAUGAAAUCGGCCGACGUCUGGCUCGUGCUGGUUGUGGGCAUGAGCUCGGAUGAGAUCAAGGCGAGGGGGAUUGACCGAGAGAAGUGUCAGAGGGCAAUCGAUCAACUUGCCGUCAUCACGGAGGAGAUGAAGAAACUGAGUGUACAAGUAGCCCUUGCAGACGUCGAAGACAUAGCUGGUAUUGCAUCAGAGUUCAACGUCAGGAAAAGAAUGCUCCCCAAGAUUUUGCUCUUCAAGACAAGAGCGAGGGAUGCUGAGAGCAUCAAGUUUGAGACCUUUCAAGAUGUCGAUGCCUUGAGACAGGAAGUGCUGGAGAUCUUGAAAGAUAACCCCACGAGGAAGGUGAAGAGCGAGGAUCAAACUGAGCGGAUCGUUUUCGACAAGAUCACCCUUGCUGUCGGGGGAUCAGAGCUAUGA